AUGCCAUCCUCUGGACCACACACGGGACAGCGCAGUCUAGGGGGCGGUGCCACCGCUACUGCUUCCAACGCGAUGGUGGUACUCGGUCCAGUUGGUGCAGUGUACGAAUCUGCGUCCGCUGCGACCAAAGCGCUCCCGGAGGAAUCGAUCUCCUCGCGCAGUGCCUCGAGCACGCCGGUCGGCAAGCAGCUAGCUGAGACGAUCAUCUUCCUGCUCUCGACGCGCGACGAGGGCCUUUCGAUCUGUCCUUCGGAAGUCGCGCACAAGAUGGCCACCACGCCCUCGGCGACCGCGGCGUUGCGCCCCAGCCCCUUUUCUUCGCGUAUUCCGUCCAGAUCCGGCAGCUCGGGCGGUGCCAGCAUCCCCGCCACGUUCAACUCACACGACGACCUGCGCGAGGACCAGCUCGAAGUCCCGCCUGGGACGGCGCUGUUGGCGUCUGGGGUUGCAAUCGCGCCUGUGCAAAACGCCGGCAUCGCGUGGAGGGAUCUGCUGCCGCAGAUUCGCACGUGCGCCAUUGAGCUCGCCAAAAGCGGCGUCAUCUGCGUCACGCAGGGGCACAGCGACCGCUGGCACGAGGUGGAUCUUUCGAAUGAGCAGGUUCUGGGGCCGAUCCGGCUGCGUAGAGGUCCUAAUUUCGAGCCGGUGCCAGCUGAAUGA